AGAACAACUAGUCGUGCGAAGAUGAUCGUAAGACCAUGACCAUCAACUACGCCACACCUUACAACAGCGCCGCCAUGAUACGCCUGACGGAUGAUGAGUUAGUGGAUAUGCUAAAUGAUGAAAUGCGGGCAUCCGUAACCGCCGUCUCAGUUUUCGUCGGAAUUGAAGCGGUCAUUGGCAUCUUUGGGAACCUGCUGGUCCUUUACGUAUUCCUGUUUCGCUAUCGUCACUGCAACUUCCGAUAUUUCGUCCUGUGUCUCGCCUGCCUGGACUUUACCAGCACGGUCACGACGAUGCCGGGGGAAAUUGUGACCCAGCAGUUCUGGUACACGUACCCGCUUCCUACCGUCUGUAAGGUCAAGUCGUUCUUCAAUAUGUUUACCGUCUCCGGCGAGGCUCUCUGCUUAUGCGUAAUCGCGGUGGACCGUCACCGAAAGGUGUGUUUUCCUUUCGGCUUGCAGAUACGUCCCCGGCAGGCACUCGUCCUCUGCUUCCUCAUCUACGCAUCUGCAUUCUUCAUCGCCCUGCCGGUGGCGUUCCUCUGGGGAACCCACAGCGACGUCGUACUGUACGUAGGAAGGAACGUCACUGUAACGGUUUGUGAGAAAGACAUGGCGUACGUCAACUCCAACAUGCCGUACAACUAUACUAUGUCAGUGGAAGUGAUUCUUGGUACAAACAUGUUAAUAAUGCUUAUUCUGUAUGUGCUAAUUUCUAGAAAAAUCCUAAACAGGAUGAUAAAAAAACGGAAGAGCCCCAAGGAGGUCUCACAUAUUGUCAUGAUGACACAGACAAAAACGUCAAAGGACAACAGCGACGCCGGCUACGCUUCUGAUGCGCCUAGGAAAGUGUCAAAAUCAGCAAGCGUAUCAACCAUUAACGAAGUCGGGUCAACCGGAAGAAAUGCCGGUAACACGAGCGACAAUACACAUGCCGGUUACGUCACCGAUAACGAAACAACCUGUUCUGACGUCAAGAAAGCAUCAAUAAAACGCGUGGAAAGGACGACUAGCCGUCACAAGAACAAAACGCCGGGAUUGGCUCGACGUAAGACGUACAUUUCCCUGGUGCUGACAGUGAUCUUCAUACUGACCACGGUCCUGUACUUGGUCCUGUUGACCCUCAUUACUGAAGGUAUUCUGGAAACACUGACCAACACACAAAAGGCCUUCUACUUCUUUGGUUUCCGGCUGGUGUUUAUUAACCAUGUUAUCAAUCCGCUCGUGUACGGGUGCAUGGAUCCGCACUUCAAACAAGUACUUAGCGAGGUCAAGAAAUGCUGCCGUCGCUCAAACUAGAAAUAAAUGAGAGAAUAUAAGUAUAUUCCAUGUCCGAGAGUGUAAGAUAGGUUCAUCCCAACCCGAGCGUAGGGUGUUGUGCGGAAACGAGGUUUACCGAGUUCCCGCAGCAUGCCCUGCGCGAGGGUUGGGAUGAACCUAGCUUACACGAGCGCCUAUGGUAGAUGCUUUCUCUCCCACCUCAGUUAAACAAAAUAAAGUAAUAUGUCUUUUUUCGCUGGAACUCUUUUGUGCGUAGUAAAAAUUAUGUGCGUAUAGAUAUGUGAUAAUUCGUGGUUGCCAUGGAUAUACGCGCAGUGAUUCGGAUUAUGUGAAUAGUCAAAUCGUUCUUUAGAAAUAUUUCUGAGAAGAGUGCAGAAUUAUUUCUUGAAUGGAGCGUUAAAACAUUUUAAUGGUGUCAUUUGAAGCGAGAAAUAACUAAUAAGGAUUUUAAAUAUUGCCACAAGACAUGGUUCCAAUGAUACUAAGGACGACGGACUUCAACGAGCGAGACGGUAGGAAGCGAGUACGCGUACCAGAACUGCUGGUACAAAAUUUCCGCCGGCAUCGUCGUGACCGUGCUGGUAAAGUCCAGGCAGGCGAGACACACGACAAAAUACCGGAAGUUGCAGUGAUGAUAGCGAAACAGAAAUACGUAAAGGACCAGCAGGUUCCCAAAGAAGCAAUGACCACUUCAAUUCCGACGAAAACUGAGAAGGCAGUUGCGGUUGCUCGCUUAUCGUCCAUUAGGCUGUCCAGUAGCUCGCCAUUUGUCGGGGUCGUCAUAGUGAUGCUGUCGUUAGGCGCCACGAAAUGGAUGGUCAAGGUCUUGCGCUCAUCUUUGCACGACUAGUUGUACUGCUUAUCCGGUUUACAAGUUUACAAGUUUUCGACAUCUAUACUUUGUUCUGUUAUACAGCUGGCGACAACUAACCAUACAAUUUGGUCUCAAAGUUUAGGUCCUUUUUGACUAUACAUACUGUACUAAAAAUAUCAAAUCAAACUGUGAAAUAUGAAUAGCAUCGCAAAAUAUACCAGCUGGGCACUAUUUUAUCAAAAUAUUGAUUUUGUUGUUGUUGUUGCUGUUGUUGUUGCUGCUGCUGCUGCUGUUGCUGCUACUGCUGCUGCUGCUGCUGCUUAUAUAUUAUGAUUUUGAUUUAAUACCGAAAGAAGCAAAUAUAAUCGUUAUAUAAUAUCUUCUUAUUCAGACAGCAUUUAAUCGUUCAAUUGACCACGGUUCUAACACUACUUUCCCAAUACUUUAUCAUUGAACAUUUACGGAUACGCUGAUAUGAUCUAAUUAAUAUACUGCAUGCAUCCACAUGUCAAACGUGGGCAGUCGGGCUUCCGGUGUAGCGUGAGAAUUAUCAGACCGUGAGAUUUGCAAGAUCUUACAGAUUUCACACUACGGCGUGAGAAAUGUAAGUCGUGAGAAAUGUAAGACCGCUGCAUCCAAUGCACUUAUAGGAUGGUGAAUUAUUAUUGAAGACGUAUAUAUUGUGUGAUGUCCGCGUUUGUCCGU